CGAUUUGGGGUUUCGAGCCGCGGCAGCGCAAGAGCUCGUUUCCUGCGCAUUAACGAAUUCUUCGGGCGGCAUUUGUCAAGUGGUGAUCGGUGCGAACCUUCGCGGCUUCUCUCAGAGAGCUCCGCACAGCCAAAGUCAAAUCCGCUCUCUCCAGCAGCAGCCAAGCAAUGGGGAAAAAGCGCGCAUAUGUCGUGAUGAACGGGCGACAGACGGGCGUCUUCGACACGUGGGACGAGGUCGAGCCACUGGUGAAAGGAUUUAAGCGUGCGAAGUAUCAAGGCUACUCCUCGCGCGACGACGCGGAACAGGCUUGGCAGGCGAACCAGGCGGCGGCACCUUCGUUCGCGACGGCCGCGGGCGCGCCGGCGGCGCCCACGUUUGCAUCCGUGCCGCCGCCGCCGGCGUUUGUACCGGCAUCCGCGCCGGCGUUCGUACCCGUUCCACCGCCGCCGCCGUUGACGCCGUCGAUCAGGGACAUGAAGGCGGCGAUCCUCCAGGCGGGCCUCGGCGUCGCGGACCUCGUGGAGAAGUCGGACGUCGUCGAGCGCUACCGGCAGGCUCUCGCCGCGGCACGGCCGGCGGCGCCCGCAUUCGUGCCCCGGGGGGCGGCCAGUUCUCCGCCGGAGGACCCGGUCGCGGCGGCGGCGCGUGCGGCAGCGGUGCCGGUCCGCCCCUCGAAUCCGCGGCCGCCGCCGAUGCGCGGCAGCGUUACGACGCCGACGCGGCCAGCCGAUGACGGGGCCGACGAGCGGCACGAACUGACGGAGGAACAGGAGAGCGUGUGCGCGGCAGCGAUGAGAGGCGAGUCCCUCUUCUUCACGGGCAACGCCGGCACCGGCAAGACUACAACUAUGAGAGAGCUGAUCACGCGGCUGCCUCAGCGAGGCAGCGGCAAGGUGUUCGUAACGGCCUCCACAGGUGCGGCCGCCGUGUUAUGUAGAGGUACGACGCUCCAUAGUUUCGCGGGAAUUGGGCUUGGAAAGGAGAGCACUGGACUUCUGAUAAAAAAGCUGUCGAAGGCCGCGCGAAAGCGGUGGGGUCAGGCUUCGACGCUAGUCAUCGACGAAAUAUCGAUGAUCGACGGGACGCUCCUUGACAAGAUCGACGCCGUCGGGCGCGCGGCACGCGGCAGCUCGAGGCCCUUCGGCGGCGUCCAGGUAAUCGUCAGCGGCGACUUUAUGCAGCUGCCGCCCGUCAAGGUGUCCCGGUUCGCGUUUGAGGCCGAUGUCUGGCCGACGGCGUUCGGCUCGAAUCAGUUCUGCCUGACGCGCGUGUUCCGGCAGCGCGAUCAGUCGUUCGUAAGCCUAUUGAACGAGCUGCGUGUUGGGAGGGCGUCCCCUGCCACGUGCGCGACGCUCCAGGCGACGGUGGCGCGCGGCCUCGGAGCGGUCGACGGCAUCGAGCCGACGAAGCUCUUUGCGCGAAACGUACAGGUGGACGCCAUCAAUAAGCAGAGGCUAUUGGAGCUCGCCGGCGCCACGACGACACUGCGGGCGCAGGACGAGGGCGACGUCCGGCGCAUCGAGCAGUGCUCGUACCCCGCGGAGCUCCAUCUCCGCAUCGGCGCGCAGAUCAUGCUCCUCAAAAAUAUAGACGUCGAGAAAAAGCUCAUCAACGGCUCAAGAGGCAAAGUGUUGGCGAUACAGCGCAAAGAUGGCCAGAUCGACAGCAUUAAGUGUCAGUUCAAAAACGCCGGUGAGUGGAACGUCAAGCGCGAUGAAGCGACCGUGGAAGAAGCUGGUAAGGUGCUGGCGUCGCGGUCGCAGUUCCCGCUGCGUCUCGCGUGGGCCCUGUCGAUUCACAAGAGCCAGGGCCAGACGAUCGAUUUGUUAGAUUGCGACUUACAGGGUUGUUUUGAAGAUGGCCAGGCCUACACCGCGGUUUCUAGGGCUUCUGAUAUGGAGAACCUGGUCGUGCGCAAUUUCUCGCCACGCGUCGUAAAAGCUUCGGCGAAGUGUCUGGCGUUCGACCAGCGGCUGCGACGCGGCGGCGCGGCGCCUGCUGAGGAUGAAGACGACGUCGUAGACCUCACCGCGGACAGCGCGCCGGCUCCUGCGCCGGCGAGCGGCGGCUGGAACUACGCGGACGGUCGGCGCCCGCCGCCGAACCGCGCGGCGACGCUCCCGACGGGCGCGCCCAAUUGCCUGGCGGGCAAGGUCUUUGUGACGACAGGCGUCCUCCCGACGCUCGAUCGGGAUCAGAUCAAGGCGAUCGCGACGAAGCACGGUGGGAGGUGCACCGGCGCGGUUUCGUCGAAGACGACGCAUCUCAUCGCGGGAGAGGUGCUGGACGACGGUCGACCGGUCGCAGAGUCGGGGAAGUACAAGAAGGCCGUGACGCUCGGCACGGCGAUCAUCUCGGAGGCGGAGUUUCGCGCGAUGAUUCGGUAGUAAAUUUUCUG